AUGGUGUUCUUUUGUUAUUUCGCCAUGUUUAGAGUGAGUUACACUUUAGCACACACGCGCCGCCCUCUUACCAUCGUCGCGCGCGCCCUGCCCCGUCCCGUUGCGCUCGCGCGCCUUGCUCGCCGUCGUCGCGCGCUCGCGCCCUGCUCGCCGUCUUCGUGCGCGUGCGCCUGCUCCCCGUCGUUGCGCGCGCGCGCCUGCUCCCCGUCGUUGCGCGCGCGCCCUUUGCCCUCCGCUGUCGCGCGCGCGCCCUGCCCACCGCCACUCAGCCUCACCUUCUCGCGGCCGUUCUCCCUUCCCCUCCUCGUGGGCGCCUUCCCCUCCCCUCAUGGCGCCUUCCCCCCCCCUCGAUCCCCCCCUUCACCCUCCUCCUCCUCCUCCUCCUUUGCCUCUUUCGCGCCACCUCCGCCUUCUCCGCCCACCCUUUCUGCCUCUUCAUCCUCCUCCUCCUCUCUUCUCUCUUACCUCCUCUUCUUCCCUCUCCUCCCUUCCUCCACCUCCUUUCCUCCCGCAUGUGCUGCAGCUGGCUGCUGGCUGUUGGUUACCAUUACGUGCCCGCGCUCCUACAUCCUCCCCUCGCUCCGCCCCUUCACCCUCCUCCACCUCUCUUCUCUCCCUAUAUUUCCCCCACCAUUUCACCUCUUCCUCCGCCUCUCUCCUCUCCUUAUCUGCUGCAGUUGGUAG